AUGAUCCAGGUCUCCGGUCCCUAUAACUGCUCGUCCGCCUCUCUCAUCCCCCUACCACCCCCGCGUGGUAUAUACUCGUUCUGCCUCUCUCGCUUCCGCCUCGCUCAUCGGCUAUACCUAGUUAGCGUUGCCCUCGCUGUUGUCCGGCUGCCGUCAUGGACUCUUUCGCCAACACGUACGUCUGCAUCCACGGCCUCUUCGCACCGCGUACUAACACCAGGUACCUUCCCCAGCAACGUUCCCAGCACACCCCGUUCCUUCGAGCUGAACUACCUUGACUCAUCCGCAUACGCAUACUAUGACCACCCCUCCCCCGUUUCUCCCUCCUCCACCUUGUUCAGCGUCCAGAUUGAACCGCCUUUCACCGACGACGUAGACGCAUGGUCUACUUCUACCACCCUUGACAUUCCGUCAUUUGCAAGCGCGCCGCCGACAUUUACCCCAAGCAUCUCGCUCGUGCUGCCACCCGACGUGCAGGCAUUCCUCACCGGGCCCCUUACGGAUCCGUCCCCCAAAAUCCAGCAGUGGCUGCGACUGCUCUCACACCCUGAACAUACGAUCCGGAUCGAGACCGCGCCCGGCUCUGCACUGCAUGGCCUCCCUGCUUUCAUCGGUGGAUACCCUCCCUUCAGCGACUUGCCCGCCCCGGACGCGGCUUCAAGCCCCAGCCCGACGAGCACAUCGGAAACGCUGCAGAGUAGCCUCCCAGACGGCCCACUGGACGAGCUGUCAUGCAAGUGGGACGGUUGCAGGAAACAUUUCUGCUCCGCGCGAUUUAGCGAUAUCGAGGCGCACCUGCGCGAGGACCACUUCGGCCCUCCGUCGUCCUCGUCCCAGCCCCCUGCAACACACGUGCCCCACGCCACCCGCUCUGGUGCGCGCGUCCCCGCCCCUGCUCCUACGGCUGAAUGGUACCCGGGCAGCCGCGGGCGCUGCCGCUGGGCGGGGUGUCAAUCGGAGCGAACGCUGUUUUAUAAGAGUUUUGCCAAGCAUAUUGCGUCGACGCAUCUGCGCUCGACAAAGAUAGCGUGCUCGGAGGGGUGCGGGGAGUAUUUCACGCGUCCCGACUCGAUGAUGCGUCAUCGGCAGACGGUGCACGGGGCGAAAGAGGGGUAA